GGCAUCAACAUCACACAACACACACAUUAUAACAAAUUCAUACACAAUUCGAGAAAGAACAGUUAAAAAAAAUAUAUAUAAAACGACUUAUAUAAGCGCACUUAAGGCAUUGAUAUAUUCAUAAGAAUAUAAGAAGACUCGAUUGGCCAUCAUGUUGAGGAGUUCACGUCCUAAGGCUACAUUCAAGCCGCGAAAAAGUCUAGGCUUUGACUCCAACAAUGUGAAUGCAACUUCUCACAUUCCAUUGGAGGUGCGCGAUUAUGGAUUUGUUAAAGUUACAAAUGCAGGCACUCCGUAUAUUAAGAAAGACUCUCCAAUUGACUCGAAAUCGUUGAUGGAUCGACUCAAAUACACUCAAGGGAAAAUGAAUACUUUCGGGUUGGCCAUGUCAUCGAGCGACAAUGGGGAUGAUUUCUCUGAUGAACUAAUUAUGGGUCAGCCGAAGCAGGAGAUGACGUUUGAAAUGAAACGAAAGCUGUUCCAUAUGGCUGAAUUUACAAUAACGAAAGGCAAGAAGACUAGCGAAAUGUACCAUCCACGGACUGAGAGUAAGCUGCCCAAGCAUUCUACCCGGGAAUCUCAGUUGAAAGCAUUGAAAGACAUGGAGGAGUUCUGUCAUGCCAUGAACAUCAAGAUAAGCAAAGGCUUCGGUCAUUAGAUACCAUACAUGUUAGCACGUUAACGCAUUAUGCCAAAUUUAUAAUCUUAUAACCUUAGUCAAUAAAGUCCUGCGAGC